CCCCCCCCCGAAAGUGCCGCCCGGGGGCGGGGGGCACAGGCGGCGCGCGGCCGGGGUAUGAGCCGCGGGCGGGAGAGCUGUCUACGGGAGCAGCCCUGACGCGAGUGAGGACGCCCGGCCCGGGACUGUCCCAUGGAUCCCAGCGGCCUGAUCCGAGCCUCCGGCGCCUCGCUGUUUCCAGGCGCGGGCCCGGGGGCAGGAAAGCCUUUCCAGUGGGACUGUGCCGCCAUGGCAGCGGGCUCCCUCGGGCUGGCGUGUGAGGAGCAGUGCAAGGGUCUAGCAGGGCAGGGAGCCCAGCGCAAGUCCAACAAACCUCCGCGAGAUCUAAACGUGUAGAAACGAUGGCUUGUCAGUGCCAUACAAAACUGCAGGUGCCAUUAGGGUUUAAACAGAGCUUGGUGCAACUCUUCCUUUCCCUUUCUAGUAUGAAAAGGGAACCGAAAUGUUGUUUUUUAAAUCUAGAAUAUCUGUAGAUUUUUUUCAAAUGACAGAUUAGUACUCUUACUUACAUGGUGAUGUCGCCCAUAGAUCCCAAUCAGAGCUCCAUUGUGCUAGGCAUGAUAUAAACCCCAUAACAAAAAGAUGUUCCAGUAACUUACAGUCCAAGUAAAAGACAAGCGACAACAGGUGGAUACAACCAAUAAACAGAACACAAGGACUCAGGAUGGACUUUUUGGCUCUCUUCAUAAUUUAUCUGCUAUUAGUUCUGGCUAGUGUUGUUCUAGUCUGCAUCUAUUCAGGAAGGAAACAGAGUUUUCCUGCAAGAGGCCUCGGUUAUAUAACUCAGGUGUCUUCAUUUGUAAUCCCAACACGGCUUCAAAGAGCAACACAGAGGGUGCUUCACAGGCUCUUCCACACACGAAGUUGCCUGUUCAUUGUCCUGCAUUUAGCCUUACAAGUGGCAGUUUAUGGUGAAUACACUUGGGAAAUAUUUGGCUACUGCCAAGAGCUAGAGUUCAGCAUUCAUUACCUUCUGCUGCCGUAUUUGUUGCUGGUUGUGAAUAUGGGGUUUUUCAUUCUGUGCUCUGUGACCAACCCUGGUACAAUAACACAAUCAAAUCACGAGUCAUUUCUAACGGCUUAUGGAUAUGAUGGAGUAAUGUUUCAGAAAAGCACCCUGUGUCCUACGUGCAACGUGGAAAAGCCAGCCAGAUCUAAACACUGCAGUGUAUGUAACAACUGUGUACAUCGUUUUGAUCACCACUGUGUUUGGGUCAACAACUGCAUUGGUGCCUUCAAUAUAAGAUAUUUUCUUGUUUACCUCUUCACUCUGACUGCCAUGGCUGCAAACCUUGCAAUCAUAGCAGCAGCAUUUCUAAUCAAGGUAGUGCUGCUAUCAAAUAUGAUGCUUGGAAGUUACAUUGAUGAUCAGGGACAAGAGCAUGCAGUUGAGAUUCUCUUUCUUAUUCAGCACCUGUUCCUGACGUUUCCUAGAAUUGUCUUCAUGCUUGGUUUUGUUAUUGUCCUCUCUCUGGUGCUGGGGGCAUAUUGCUGUUUCGCUCUGUACCUGGCCCUGACGAACCAAACAUCCAAUGAAUGGUAUAAAUCCAGAAGAUAUGAAUGUUCUUGCUGUAAGGCGUUGCAGCCCCAUGACAGGCAUAUUGUUUAUAGAAAUGUUUAUUCUCAAGGAGUUUGGGUCAAUUUAAAGGAAAUCUUUAAACCUCCUACAAGUUCAGAAAAAAAGAAAAAAACAUGAGGAAAGUUACAUAUUUUUAAAUCUAUAUUUAUUUUUUAAACUUUUCCUGAAAGAUUAACUCCAGGAAGAGCUUUUUGCCAGCACCAAGGACUCUUGAAAUACUGUGCUUUUCAUUAAGUGCUGUAGCUAAAGAGUUUUUUUUUUUUUUUUUUUCUAAAUGACUCGAUUGUAAAAUAUAUUUUUAUAAAGCUGA